AUGGCUCGUAUGAUAUUCAUUGCUGUUUUAUUUGCACUGGUUUUAACUGCACAGAUAUGUAAUGUGCAAGGUGGAUCAUGUGGUUGUCCACUAGGAUUUGCUUGUUCAACCUACUGUAAAAUUCGCGUCCCCAAUUCUAAUGGUGGUUAUUGCCAAGGGCCCUUCAAUCUUGGAUGCCAAUGUAAACUCAACGAUGGACAAGAAACUGCUGUCAUCGAUAAAUGUUAA